UCCUACGCAAGAACACCUAGCUACAAUGUCAACAACAUGGCUGACGAACUGCAAUAAAUCUAGUAUUCCAAUGAUUUCUGAAUCACAUAAGGCAUAACACAAUGGGAGCAGGUUGCAGUUCGGAUUCAGAUAACCCAUUCGCCUAUUCAGGCACAGGACACCAUGUCCCUCCACUGAAGAUUGCUUUAGUAGGUGAUCCUGAAGUAGGUAAAACAUGUGUGGCACUAAGGUUUCUGAAGAAUCAGUUCAGUCCAAUGUAUAUUCCCACCAAGAAAGCAGUCAUAGAGAGCACUGUUCGGAAGUUGAAUGUUCCGGGUCACACUGUUGUGUCCUUGACCUUGUGGGAUAUUCCAGGACGAGAGGACAUAGAUCUCCAUAAAUCUUACUUCAGGAACCUUGAUGCUGCUAUAGUCGUAGUUGAUAUGACCGAGCAGACCAGUAUAGAGAUGGCACCUGUGUGGCGCCAAACUGUCCUAAACAACACCUUCUUGACACGUCCAGUAGAGGAUAAGGCAGGCCAGGUCCACACGACCACCAUGGAAGAAACUCCGGUUGACAAGGGAACAUUCCCCAUACUUUUACUUGGCAACAAGUUUGAUGUGAUUGAACAGAGGAUACAGGCCGAACGUUUGAAAAAAAUGAUGGCAGAGCGAGCAAAGGAGGAGAAGAAAAGUUCAGAAGAAGAAGUAGAUAAGGAGAAACAGGAAAUUGAGGAAAAUUCCCGUAAGAUAUGGUCAAUUAACGGUCCAAUUACAGAGGAGGAAAAACCUGAAUGUGUUAAGUUUUUGGAGAAGACUGCAGUAGACCAUAACUUUCAUGGAAGUCUAAUGGCGUCUGCUCGGGAUGGAGAUGGGUCGGUGAGAGAGGCAGUACAGUACCUUGUACGCCAUGUACUGGAGGCGAAGUUUGCUGUAAAUAAAUAUAAACCCAAGGACAAAGCUUCAGAGCAGAAGAAAGCAAAAGAGCUGGAGUAUGAAGGACUACAGCUGACACAUGUGAAGGAGUUUGACCAUGUCUUUGAGAUGGCUGAUGUUGCUGUGAAGAAGGUUGCCAUGUUGCGUGACUAUCAUCAUAAGUCUUUCACCAAACUCAAGGAGAUGUGUAUGCAAGCUCAAAUUCUGGAAUCAGGGGAGACAAGUCUGGAAGACUGUAUCAUUGCUCUCAAACGCAACAUAGGGGAAGGAGCUGAACUCAAGGUAAAGAAAGAUGAAGAUUUCUGUAAGCUGGAGAUUGUAUCAAAAGAUGAAGAUUUCAAACCAGUGAAGAAAAUGAGAGUUCUCAUGAAACUCUUCCACAAUGAGUUUGCAAAUGUAUGUAAGGCCAUACAGAAGGAAUGUCCUGUAAUUGACACCAACCUUCAGACAAUGGACGCCCGCCUCAGUACCAUGUGUGAGGAAUGCUGGGAUGCUGUUGCUAUGGUAGACAAUGUUCCUCGGAGUCAAGCAGAAAUCAAAGAAAUAUCAUCAACUAUUGAACAAAAUCGUGCAAAAAUGCAACAUGCUUGUCUGGAAUCUAGGUCUGCCAUUCAAAUUGUUGAGGACUCCAAGAAGAAAAUAAAAGCAGCCUUCCUAUGGUAAUAUCGUAAAUCAAAAACCCUUUCACGAUGUCGUUGGGGACCCGUUGAUCGUUGUCUCUGCCCAUUCUUUCCAUGGAGUUUUGUUCAUCACAGAUUCCGUACUUAAACAAUAAUUCUAUGCAAAUUACAUGUUAACACUAUUGAAACAUUAGUCUCUGUUGUAGCACGUAACUGUUCAUCUUAAUUUUCGUGAACUUGAAAUGAGGAGAAUUGUGUCAUCAGUGUGCCGUCAUUUGAUUGGUUCACAUUGCAGAAUGUACAAAUUGUUAGUUGUUAUUGGUAAAAUUUGUUUGGUCUAUUGUUACCUACAUAGUACAAAGGAAAUUUUUAUGAUGUGUAAAGAAGCCAUUUAUUUUGUCAAAACUUUUAUUUGGUAACAUGAUUUUAUUAUUGUCUUGACGAAGCUGGCCUUCCCUCUCAAGCUUUGUGCAAUAGAAAUCUUUUCUGCAAAAAGUAUAACUAAGAAUAUUAAUCUAAAACAACUAGGAAAUAGUUUACUGUUUGAAUGUGAACACAUUUUCAGACAAAAACACUCCGGUGCCUGGAUAGAAGGAAUCUCAUUUCAUCAUGGUGUUCAGAUAUAGCAUUAACUGCCACUCUGGCCGACUCUUAUAUUCUCAGUGAUUAAUAAUUACAUCAGAAAUCAAUGAUAAUAAUGAAUUGAUAUAACUGAAGUCUAACACCAUGAAAUAAAUGUUAAAGAAGAAAUUGACAAUUCUGUCAAUCAAUUCUUUCUCUCAAAAACUUAAAAUUUUGACAAAGGUAUUGCUAUACGGUAUUAAAUGUAGAAUGACAAAUUUGUUAAAAUAGGUUUAAGUUAAAUCAAAUAAAGAUAUUACAGUUUGUUAUUUUUCAUGACAAUAGUGUCUACAAAAAUUUACAUAAGUAAACAUUUUACAUAUAAUAUAUAAGUAUGUGUUCAAAGGUAUUGCCUCUUCUAUUUAAAUUUUCAAAGGUUGAAACAUCUUUUGUAGAUCUUUGAAAGUAUAUAGCUUAUGAUGAACUGAACAGAUUAAGAAUAUAUCGUUUCAUGAUAACAGUGUGAUGUGAUACAUUUAUAAUUUAAUCUUGCUUGUUAUGUCAUCGGACAGCCCAUAACGUAAAAAUUACAUCUCUGUUUGUAUAGUGUCAUUUUUGACUGUCUCAUACUGUACGUGGCUUAAAAAUCUAAAUAAGAUAAAAGAUUUCAUCGUUUUUUUUCCCUUGACACAUGAUGAAUUGUCAAAUCUAUAUUUGUGUAGUAUUGCUUUUACAUCAAAACUGCUGUUUAUAUGUUUCCAAAAUUCUAGUUAUGAAUAAUGUUAAAAAAGACAAAUACCCAUAUUUUUUUUAAGUUAAACAGUAAUUUGUGACUUAUAUUUGGUUUAUUGCUAUGUUUAUCUAUACAGAUAGUCAUUUCUUCUUUAAACUAUAUUUGUGUACUAGGUACAUUGAUGAUUUUCAUAUUAUUUUCAUCUCGACCAAAGUCAAUAACAGAUCAUGUUAAUCUUUCAAAGAUAUUUGAAAAUUCAUUUACUCUUCUUUGUCCACUUAUUUUUCUCAUUUUUCAAUGCCGUUUUUAAUGAAAAUAUUCAGAUUUGGCAUUCUUAUUCAAUUUGUUUAUUCUUUAAUAAUAGUUAUUAAUAUAUCAUCUGUUAUAUUAACAUGCAUCAAAAUAAAAGAAGCUGGUCUUCGUGUAUCUAUAGAA